GUAGAAGAUGGCUGGUCCCGUUUUGCUGGAGUGGCCUGGAAGGAAAAAUCAGACGGGUGUCCCCUCCGCACGGCUCCGUGGUGCUCCCACCUCUGUAGUCUCCUGUUGGGUCACAACUGAGACCCUGCAGCUGAACAGUCUGCUUUUCUGCAACCUCUCCUAUAUUUCUCUUUUCCUUAUCUUUGUCCUCUUACCCUCCUCCUAUUUCCAGCCUCAUAACUACCUGCCUGACACUCCAUCUCACAUUAAAGCCGCAAUUGGGAAUGGAGCAGCACAAACUGAGAAGCGGCCGCUGACCAAGGGCUAGUUGGAGCGAGCCUCCAACAUGGCAAAUGGCAGUGAGGCGGAGGAGCUUGCUGGCUCUCUUGCCCAGUCUACAGCGAUCUCCACACACCUCAAGCUGGUUCUGUUGGGCUUCAUCAUUUGUGCCAGUUUGGCAGGCAACCUCUUGGUUUCUCUGCUGGUGCUGAAAGACCGCUCAUUGCACAAGGCUCCUUACUACUUCUUGUUGGAUCUUUGUCUUGCUGAUGCUGUCCGAUCUUCUGCCUGUUUUCCCUUUGUCCUACUUUCUAUACGCAAUGGCUCGGCUUGGGCCUACAGUCUGCUGAGCUGUAAAGUUGUGGCAUUCAUGGCUGUCCUCUUCUGUUUCCAUGCCUCUUUCAUGCUUUUUUGCAUCAGUGUUACCCGUUACAUGGCAAUUGCUCAUCACCGAUUUUACUCCAAAAGAAUGACGCUCUGGACGUGCAUCGCAGUCAUUUGCAUGGUCUGGACCCUGUCAGUAGCCAUGGCUUUCCCACCAGUCUUUGAUGUAGGUACUUACAAGUUCAUCCGUGAAGAGGACCAGUGCAUUUUUGAGCAUCGAUACUUCAAGGCCAACGAUACCCUCGGAUUUAUGCUGAUGCUGGCAGUGCUCAUUGUCGCUACACACAUCGUCUAUGCUAAACUGCUCCUCUUCGAAUACCGCCAUCGCAAAAUGAAGCCGGUGCAGAUGGUCCCGGCCAUCAGUCAAAACUGGACAUUUCAUGGGCCUGGGGCUACAGGGCAAGCUGCAGCCAACUGGAUUGCUGGAUUUGGCAGAGGGCCAAUGCCACCCACUUUGUUGGGUAUACGGCAGAACACUCAUACAGCCAACAGGCGCCUCUUGGGCAUGGAUGAGUUCAAAAGUGAGAAGAGGUUGGGGAGGAUGUUCUAUGGGAUUACCCUUAGCUUUUUGGUGCUGUGGUCACCCUACAUUGUGGCCUGUUAUUGGAGGGUUUUUGUGAAAACCUGCAGCAUCCCCCAUCGCUACUUAUCCACUGCUGUGUGGAUGACAUUCACUCAGGCUGGGGUGAACCCCAUCAUGUGUUUCCUCCUCAACAAAGACCUAAAGAGCUGCCUACAGCUCCACAUUCCCUGCUGGAGGACGAAAGCCUUGCUACCUAGGGAGCCUUACUGCGUAAUGUAAGAGGGGACCACACCUAACCUCAGUGAUCGGGAGACGCGGAGUGCUUGGAAGGAACGGGCGAGAUCCAAACGUAAUUGGUCUGUCUGACCAUCUCCUAGAGAAGAAGAUCAACACAAAAGAAAAUUGAAGAGAAAACAAACAAAAAAAAUCUAAAGACCAUUUUUUUAAAAUGAUUUUUUUUCUAGACUAAGGUGUAUUUGUGAUCCUAUAAAAGGAGGACAUGGGGCGGGGGGAGGGUACGUGUGCGAGAAUUUCUGGGAUGUUUUUUUCUAUUUCAACUAUUGCAUAAGGGGAGAAGGGAGAUGGAUGGGUGGGAAGGGUGGUGACGGAGGGAAUGCAAAGUGCGCUAAGAGGGAGGGAAUGGGAAGGCUGAUGGGAAUUGAUGUAUUUGUUUAUGAACUUAUUUAUUGACACUUGUAUUAAUGUCUCUUGAUUGACUUGAAUGUAAGGGAGUUAUUUUCUAUUUGGUUAAUAGGUAAAUAAGAUGUGACCAUUCUACUUGAACAACAA